GCCGACUGGGAGGAGCGCAUGGAGUGGCUCCUGGGCUCGGUGAAGGAGGACCUGCUGCGGAAGCUGAACCUGUCCAGCGCCCCUCAGGAGCAGGUGCAUGUGCGGCCGCCGGACUUCAUGGUCCAGCUCUACAACACGUACGCAGCUGACCAGUCCAGCACGCCCAGAGCUGACGUCAUACGCAGCUUCAGCGUACAGGACGUGAGCCUAUCGGAGUCCCGGGGUGGGGUCUCAAGGCACCGGUUCCUGUUCAACAUCUCCGUCCCGGCCAGCGAGCGGGUCGGCACUGUCCAGCUCCGCCUGUACACACAGACCGGGCCCAGAGCACACGCCUGCUCCUCCGGAACCACCGCGGCAACCAUCAGGGUCUACCAGCUGGAGAACCACACAGAACCACACAGGCUGAGAGGGAACACGAGAGAGCCAGAACACGGAACCGAGACAGAACAAACAGAAGAGAUAGGAGACAGAGAGGAAACAGAGGAACCAAGAGGAGAGAACACAGACAGAGGGAAUGGAGAACCGCUAAAAGGGGAAAAACAUACAGAACCACAUGGAACCACACAGACAGAACCACACGGAACCACACAGAUAGUGGACACUGAUCAGACAGAACCACACGGAACCACACAGACAGUGGACACUGAUCAUACAGAAGGGCUGCUACCAGUGGAACGCUCAGAGGAACCGCGCCUGGCCCUAACGGAGAAUGACCUGAGGAUUAGGGGGGACUUGGGAGGGGACGGAACCCAGACCGCCCAAUCAUCUUACCACUUCUUGGAUGAGAGAGAGGUGGCGUGGAGCAGAGGCUCAUGGGAGAUGUUUGAUGUGACGGCGGCACUGCGGUCGGGGGCGGGGUCUGGGCGCGGCGUGGCAGAGUUUGAGGUGCGGGUGCAACGGGCGCCCUGCGGGGGCGGGGCCGAGAUGGCAGACGUGAGCGGCAGCCUAACGGGGAACACAUCGGCCGUCCUCAUCGUGUUCUCCAGCGACCAGCGCGGGCGUCGCCGCGAGGCUCAGCAGGAGCUACAGCACACGUUGAGUCAUGAGGACGAGGCCGUCUUCUCUGGAGCCCACGAACCCCGAGACGCCAGCGAUGACCCCAACGACCUGCACGCCCCCCAGUACACGCCCCACACCACACCUGCACACGACCUGCACAUCCCCCCAGGGCAGCCGCAGUUACCCCAGAAUGUUCUCCCAGACGGUUGGGAGCGCAGCUCUCCAGUCGAUGCCCGCCGCACCCGCAGGAGGAGGCAUGCGGCCAGUGGCUACUGCCGCCGCACGUCGCUGCGCGUCAACUUCAAGGACAUCGGCUGGCACGAGUGGAUCGUGGCGCCGCCGGAGUACGAGGCUUACGAGUGCAAGGGCACAUGCCAGUUCCCACUCUCGCCCGACGUCACGCCCUCCAAGCACGCCAUCAUCCAGUCUCUGGUGAACCUGCGCCACCCGGGCAAGGCCAACAUGGCCUGCUGCGUGCCCACCAAGCUGGACCCCAUCACCAUCAUGUACCAGGAGAACGGCGUCAUCACCGUGCGACACCUCUACGAGGAGAUGCGCGUAGCGGCCUGCGGCUGCAGGUAGGAACGGCAGCGCCAGCCGAUGCUAACAGAUGCCAGCCGAUGCCAACCGAUGCCAGCCGAUGCUAUCUGCACCAACCAGAGACUGACCUGACCAGCGCCAUCUGCACCAACCAGAGACUGACCUAACCAGGAACAUAUUCACAAUGUUCUAGGCUAUGCCAGACUAGCUCCAUCUACAUGUUAAUGAUGUUGGCUAUGCUAGGCUAGCUCCAUCUACAUGUUAAUGAUGUUGGCUAUAAUGAUGUAGGAUAGCUUCUUCUACUAAAGUCAGAACUUCCAAGAAAUAUGGAAGUUCACAAUACUACCUACAACAGCAAUGACCGGCCUGAACAUGGACAUGCUAACACCCUCCAUCCAGCUAAUGCUUUAGUGCCGCACAGACAUGCUAACACCCUCCAUCCAGCUAAUGCUUUAGCGCAGCAUGGACAUGCCAACUCCCUUUAACGCAGCAUAGACAUGCUAACUCCCUCCACACAGCUAAUGCUUUAGCGCAGCACGGACAUGCUAACACCCUUUAGCAAAGCAUGGACAUGCUAACUUCCCUUAGCGCAGCUUGGACAUGCUAACUCCCUUUAGUGCAGCAUGGACAUGCUAACACCCAUGGGGCAGCCGUGGCCCACUGGUUAGCACU